CCGGAUAUUUUUUUCCCCGACGCGAGCAUGUCUGGGUGCGCUCUGCCAGGGCCCAGGAUGUCGCAGGCCUAGAGGUUGACACCAACACCAAGAUCGGCGGUGUGCCUCCACCGAGGGAAGACGAUCCCGAUCUCGGUGAUGGUGGUAAUAUUCCGGCUUCUAAGGUGACCGAAACAUUACCACCAAUACCGAAAUCUAGGACCAUCUUCCCCAUGUGCAGGCCACCCCCUGUGCUGGUGUUGGUGCCCAUUUCCAGGCCUCCAAGGAUGGCUCUGGCCAUGCCUGCACGGUGGUGGUGUCCGGCCUGGCCAGCCCCGGUGCCUCGCCCUCGCGGGCUGCGCCGCCGUCGUCUUUGCCGUCGUCGCCACUGCCGUCGGUCGCCGCUGUGGCCGUCGCCGCACGACGUCGCCCAGGCGGACAUCGCCGCGGAGAAGACCGCGGAGGCGAGCUCCUGCCCCAUGGUGUGCAUGAACCCGAACGUCCCGACGGCGAGCCUGUGCGUCUUCUCCGACUGCAAGAACUGCGAGUCGUGCAGGGCCCCAGCCCCGCUGCCAGAGGCGAAGGCGGAGGACCCGGACGAGGCGGAGGCGAAGGCGGAGGAGGCCAUUGCGGAGGCGAAGGCGGAGGCGAAGGCUGAGGCGAAGGCUGAGGCGAAGGCGGAGGAGGCGAAGGCGGAGAAGGCGAAGGCGGAGGAGGCGAAGGCGGAGGCGAAGAAGGCGGAGGACCCGCUGCCAGGUGCGAAGGCCGAGGGCGCGAAGGCGCCGGCCCCGGGGGAACAGAAAAAGGCACCGACCCGAGGCGGGAGUCCAUCCACGACGCCACCGCCUGGGGGGAUCGACCUGCGGGGACCUCGGGAGGCGGCAGAUCUGGAUCUGGUCGGGCCCCUGGAGCCCAGAUCUGUCCGCACCCACCGCCCACGGGGGCCCCAGGGCGUCGGCUCCGCGGGCGGUGGACGCGGGCGGAUCUCCGCCUCGCCUCCGAUGCCGCCACCCCGAGAUCCGGUCGCCGCAGCUGUUUCGCGCUGGGCGUCGUCG